AUGGACAGAAUGGAGGCCAGAAAUCCGCUGGUGCCUGUAAAAGUGCCAGGAAUGCUGCACGAGGAAAGGGAAUCCAAAUGCGAGCCACAGCGCUCUGAAGGGAAGAGCAGCGUCGGUGUCGCACAGGUGCGGAGGGGACCCUUCCACCCUGGUGGAAAUGUGCGUCGGUGCGCUGGCUACCGAACCGCCGGCCGCUUCCUCUGUUACUGCAGGACCCAGCAAGCCGGCUUCUGGUACUUGUCCCAAGGAACCGAGUCUGGGAUGGUGGAGAAAUACCUGAACCCCGCUGUUCGUGCUGAGCACAUCCCCAGUGCCAUGGCCUUGAGCUGUGGUUGUGAAAACUGCCUGCUGGGAGGGGGCACCACACCUCACAGCCCAUUGUGCUGGAGAACGCCAAGAAGAUUCUGGAAAAUUUCUGGAGAGCAGGACUUCUCCUGUGGUAGUGGGUUAACUGUGAACAGGAUGCCCUCAGAACUGGACAAAAAGAGCAAAAAGCAGCGGCAAAGCUUAUUAGAGAAAGUCAAAGUGAAGAGUGGGAGAGAAACCGGCUCUGCAGAGAAAACCCGCGAGAACAUCUACAUCCGGGUCCUGAGACGCGGUGCAGGAUCCCACCCCUCACACAUUGUCAAAAGAACCCGAUUCUGGACACAAAACGAAGCCCGUAUAGGGAGCAGACAUCAGAGAGCAGAGCUGGAGCUCCUGCCGAGGGAGGAAAAGAAGUACGUGAGCCGAUUCUGGAAGGAAAUUCACGUAGGAGACUUCGUGCGGCUGCGCUGUAACGAGAUCGUCCCCGCAGACAUUCUGCUGCUCUCCUCCAGCGACCCCGAUGGGCUGUGCCACAUCGAGACCGCCAACCUGGACGGCGAGACCAACCUGAAGCGGCGGCAGGUGGUCCGUGGGUUCUCAGAUCUCGUCUCUGAAUUCAACCCUCUGACGUUCACCAGCGUGAUCGAGUGUGAGAAGCCAAACAAUGACUUAACUCGGUUUCGUGGUUGCAUCACGCACAGCAGUGGAGAGAAGGCCGGGCUGCGCACGGAGAACCUGCUGCUGCGGGGCUGCACCGUCAGGAACACAGAGGCAGUGGCCGGCAUUGUCGUCUAUGCAGGACAUGAGACCAAGGCUCUGCUGAACAACAGUGGCCCCCGCUACAAGCGCAGCCAGCUUGAGAGGCAGAUGAACGUGGACGUGCUCUGGUGUGUCCUUCUCCUCCUCUGUAUGUCUCUGUUUUCAGCCAUAGGACAUGGAUUGUGGGUACGGCGGCACCAAGAAAAGAAAGCGCUGUUUGCUGUCCCUGAGUCUGACGGUAGCUCUUCGUCCCCGGUCACAGCGGCGGUGUACUCAUUUCUGACAAUGAUUAUAGUUCUGCAGGUUCUGAUCCCCAUCUCCCUGUACGUCUCCAUUGAGAUCGUCAAGGUCUGCCAGGUGUACUUCAUUAACCAGGACUUAGACUUGUAUGACGAGGAAACAGACUCCCGGCUGCAGUGCCGCGCUCUGAACAUCACGGAAGACCUGGGGCAGAUCCAGUACAUCUUCUCCGAUAAAACCGGCACUUUGACCGAGAACAAGAUGGUUUUCCGAAGGUGCACGGUGUCUGGGGUGGAAUAUUCUCAUGAUGCCAAUGCCCAGCGCCUGGCUAGGUACCAGGAAGCAGACUCUGAGGAGGAGGAGAUGGCGCCCCAGAGGGGAUCCUGGUCUCGGCGUGGCAGCACCGGCAGCCACCAGAGCGUUCGGGUCGUGCACAGGACACAGAGCACCAAGUCCCACCGGCACUCGGGCAGCCGGGCCGAGGCCAAGUGGGCCAGCGUGCUGUCCAGGCACACGGCCUUCAGCAGCCCCAUGGAGAAGGACGUCACGCCCGACCCACAGCUUCUGGAGAAGGUGCGCGAGUGCGGCAGGUGCCUGGCCAUGGCGAGGCACCAGGAGCAGCCCCUGGGCCGCCUCUCACCAGAGCUGUCCGACAUCUUCGACUUCUUCGUCGCUCUCACCGUCUGCAACACAGUGGUGGUCACGUCCCCUGACCAGCCCAGGCAGAAGGUGAGGGUGAGGUUCGAGCUGAAGUCCCCGGUGAAGACCAUAGAGGACUUCCUCAGGCGUUUUACGCCCAGCCGCCUCGCCUCCGUCAGCAGCAGCACAGGCAGCCUGGCCACCGCCAAGUGCAGCCACAAGUCGGGGUCCGGCUUCCUGUCCAGCCUCUCCAGUGACAGCACGUUCCUCAAGCUGCAGGAGAGGCUGGGCCAGCCCGCCCCGUCCGUCUCCAGCAACGGCUACAGCAGCCAGGCCGAGAGCUGGGCCCCAGAGCACAAGCCGGAGCCGGAGCAGUGCCAGGACGCGGAGCUGCGCUAUGAGGCCGAGAGCCCAGAUGAGGCAGCGCUGGUCUACGCCGCCAGGGCCUACAGCUGCGUGCUGGUGGACCGGCUGCCCGACCAGGUGUCCGUGGAGCUGCCCCACCUGGGCAGGCUCAGCUUCGAGCUCCUGCACACACUGGGCUUCGACGCCACCCGCAAGAGGAUGUCGGUGGUGAUCCGGCACCCGCUCACUGGCGAGAUCAGCGUCUACACCAAGGGCGCCGACUCGGCCCUCAUGGACCUGCUGCUGCCCUGCUCCUCAGAGGACGCCAGGGGGAGGCACCAGAAGAGGAUCCGCAGCAAGACCCAGCGCUUCCUCAACCUGUACGCGCUGCAGGGCCUGCGCACACUCUGCAUCGCCAAGAGGGUGCUCAGCAAGGAGGAGUACGCCUGCUGGCUGCAGGGCCACCUGGCCGCAGAGUCGGCCCUGGACAACCGCGAGGAGCUGCUCUUCCAGUCCGCCCUGCGUCUGGAGACCGACCUGCACUUGCUGGGUGCCACUGGGAUCGAAGACCGGCUGCAGGACGGGGUCCCUGAAACCAUCUCUAAGUUGCGACAAGCGGGCCUGCACAUCUGGGUUCUCACGGGUGACAAACAAGAAACAGCCGUCAACAUCGCGCAUGCCUGCAGACUGCUGGGCCAUGACGAGGAAAUCAUCACCCUCAACGCUGAGUCCCAGGAAGCCUGCGCGGCCCUGCUAGAGCAGAGCCUACAGUACGCACGGUCCAGGGCCCCCUGCAGCACCCCUGAGAAGACCGAAGGCAACAUCCCUGUGGGCUUCUUCCCUCUCUGCUCAGCCUCCAAACCCGCCACCACCGCCGCCUCGGGCCCCAGCCUGAGCCUUGUGGUCGACGGGAGAAGCCUAGCCUACGCCCUGGAGAAGAACUUGGAGGACAAAUUCCUCUUCCUCGCCAAGCAGUGCCGCUCCGUGCUCUGCUGUCGCUCGACCCCUCUGCAGAAGAGCAUGGUAGUGAAGCUGGUCCGGAGCAAGCUCAAGGCCAUGACCCUGGCCAUAGGUGACGGAGCCAACGAUGUCAGCAUGAUCCAGGUGGCAGAUGUGGGCGUGGGGAUCUCAGGCCAGGAGGGCAUGCAGGCAGUGAUGGCCAGCGACGUCGCAGUGCCGAAAUUCCGGUACCUGGAGAGACUCUUAAUCGUCCACGGACACUGGUGCUACUCACGGCUCGCCAACAUGGUGCUCUACUUCUUUUACAAAAACACUAUGUUCGUGGGCCUCCUGUUCUGGUUCCAGUUUUUCUGUGGCUUCUCGGCUUCUGCCAUGAUCGACCAGUGGUAUCUGAUCUUCUUUAAUCUGCUCUUCUCGUCGCUUCCCCAGCUGGUGACUGGGGUGCUGGACAAGGAUGUGCCAGCGGGCACGCUGCUGGCCGAGCCACAGCUCUACCGGAGUGGCCAGAAAAUGGAGGAAUCCUGGCCGCGCGCCUUCUGGUUAAACAUGGUCGAUGCUGCCUUCCAGAGCUUGGUUUGCUUUUUUAUUCCCUACCUGGCCUACUACGACUCGGACGUGGACAUGUUCACCUGGGGCACCCCUGUCACAGCCAUCGCCCUGCUCACCUUCCUGCUGCACCUGGGUAUUGAAACCAAAACCUGGACCUGGCUCAACUGGACAGCAUGUGGCUUCAGCGUCCUUUUAUUCUUGAUGGUGGCUUUGAUCUAUAACUCGGCCUGCGCAGCCUGCUAUCCUCCAUCUAACCCGUACUGGACCAUGCAGACGCUCCUGAGAGACCCCGUGUUCUACUUGACCUGCCUCAUAGCACCUGUCACUGCACUGCUGCCCAGAUUGUUUUUUAAAGCCCUCCAGGGGAGCCUGUUCCCCACCCAGCUGCAGCUGGGACACCAGCUGACCAAGAAAUGCUGCGAGACACUCAAGACUCCCAAAGAGACCUUUGCUCAGGGACACCUCUCGGGAGAGUCACAGACUGAGCUCUCCCAGGGAAGCCCCGCGAACCCCUCCGAGUGCCUUGCCAGGGACUGUGCCUCCCAGGCCUCCCAGCACACGCAGCAGCCGCCGGCCUGCUCUCCCGAGGCCAGCGGGAAACCCAGUGCAGUGGACACGAGUGUGCCCCUGAGAGAGAACAGCCUGCUGGGGCCCCUGGGGCCUUCCACGCCGGGGGAGGCUGUUUCUGGAGAGUGCCCUGGGCAUCUCCAGAGGACGCCCCUCGGCCCAGGCCAGGCCGCCCCGCUGUCCCUCUUCAGCCUGCCCAGCUUCGGCUCCCUUGGCUGGGUGUCCUCCCUGUCUGCAGUCAGUGGUCUGGGAAGCAUCCUCCGUUUCUCCAGAAGUAAUUUACAUGUGGCCAAGAGGGAUGGCAAGCUCCUGCCUGGCCCCCCGCAGCCAGAACAGGCCCUGUCUGGCUCACAGAGACCUGCGACAGACUCCUAGACCACCCAGAGGGACAGCCAUGGGCUGUGCCCCUGUGGAAGCCUUAACAUGUCGUUUCUACAUGUACAACAUGGACGUGGAUGUUAUUUAUGCUUCUUAUUUGCACAGAAGACUUCUAGGGAGGUGUAUUUUUAAAUAUUUUCAGGCUAACACAGGGAGUGAGAGGUACCAAAAGAGAAAGUUUAUUUUUUAAAGUUCUAAAUAGAGUAUAUUGAUGAAGAAAAAUAAGAGCUUUAACGUAUACAGAUGUAUAAAGUUUAAAGAAGAAUGACACUUGAAAAGUGCGUUUGAAUUUAUUUUUUCAUCUCAUUUUGUAAAAGGCAGUGUGACUUCUCUCUUCAACACACAUGGCCUUUGCUUUCUCUGAGGAGAAACGCACGACUGGGCGCAGUGAGCCCAGGGGUGCAGGCUGCCGGGCGAUGCAGGGGGAGGCUCACUGCGUGGCCUCACACCGCGGCUCCCUGCCCUGCGCACUCACCGGAGCCACCCUGCCAGGGCCUGGGUGUGAGGAACCUUCAGGCCCUGUCUGGUGAACUAUGACCUCGGUCCCUCUAACAGCAGAAAAGGAAAGGGACGCUCUUCCCUCACUUCUUCGCUGGGCGUUAGUGCGCUAAUGCAGCACCUGCAAAGCCCCAGGGCCCGCUCCCUGCUCUGCGGGACUCCAGCUCCUGAGGAUUCUUGUCACCAAGGCCCUCAAGGCAGAGGGGGCAGAGGAUCCGAGACCUUCUGCCCUGGGUUCAAUCCCUAGUAUUGUAAUAAAGAAAAGAAUAUUUACAAUAAUAACCUUUUACAACCAGCUAACUUUGAUGUGGAAAUGAAUAUAAUACAUCUAUGCUUUGGCAACACAUCAUAAUUACAUCCUUCUUGGAGAACUGGUACAGCAGAUCAUGUCUUGAUCAUUUUCACUCCUUCACUCCCCAGCCUCCCUCCAUCCCCAGAUCUACCUCCCUGUUUCCUACUAUCUUUUAUUUUCCCCUUCAAAUUAUGUUUAUUAUGGGUAUCUCAGAGAAGCCUUCUGUGUCUGAUUUAUUUCACUUAGAAUUAUGGUCUCAAAAACCAUCCUACAGAUGACUCA